AUGAACCUGAAGAAGUUGUACUCAACUUGUAGCCCCGAACGACAUUGGCAAACGAUCCUUGUGAACGCCGAAUCACUCACGAGAGAAGUAAUACCCUCAGCAGCGCUGGCGCACGGUAAAUCUGUUACUUCGGUGUUCGUGGUCGUGGAUCUAGAUGGUUUUGGGCUAGGUCAGUUCUGGCAGAUGAAAGGACUCGUUCAGAAAUCUUUCAACAUUUCACAGGAUUACUACCCUGAAACCAUGGGCUCCUUGGUUGUUAUAAACGCCCCGUCAUCCUUCACUAUCAUUUGGUCAAUCGUCAAGCCAUGGCUGGCGAAAGAGACUGCGGACAAGACAGACGUUUGGGGUACAGACUACAAGGAACGAUUACUAGAGUUGGUUGACGCGGAUUCCCUACCGAGCUUCCUUGGGGGUAAUUGUAAAUGCGAAGAAGCGGGAGGCUGUCAGCUGAGUGCUGCGGGACCUUGGCUGGAAGAAAGACAGGGACGGGGACCAAAGUCAUCACAAAAUGGAAAUGCUCAGCUUGAAACGUGA